AGAUUUUGGGCUAUCAAAGAUUGGUCUCAUCAACAGUACUGAUGACUUGUCUGGUCCAGCAGUUAGCGGAACAUCUCUACUUGAUGAUGAGCAGCUUCAGUUAUGUGCAUCUGAGCAUCAGCACGAGAGGCGGAAGAAACGUUCUGCUGUUGGUACACCUGACUAUUUGGCGCCUGAGAUUCUUUUGGGAACAAGACAUGGUACAACAGCAGAUUGGUGGUCCGUAUGUGUCAUUUUAUUUGAAAUGAUUGUUGGAAUUCCACCCUUCAAUGCAGAGCAUCCACAGUGUGAAAGUGUUUAUCAUUGCCUUUGUCAUUGGAAUCUUUAUUCUUCUGCCAGUUAACUUUGGGGGGAGUCAGUUAGCAUAUGAUUUUUCUAAUUUGUCGAACAAGACUCUGGAGUCAUUCAGUAUUUCAAAUGUGAAUGAUGGUUCAAACAUGUUAUGGGUUCACUUUUGCGCUGACUAUGUUUUCACCUUAGUUGUCUGCUGUCUUCUGUAUUACGAGUAUAGCUAUAUUUCAUUGAAAAGAAUUGCCUAUUUCUAUUCUUCCAAAGCUCAGUCACAUCAGUUCACAAUAUUAGUUCGCGGUAUUCCUGCCCAUCUGGUAGCAGCUUCAGUGAAGUUGUUGACAACUUUUUCACAGAUGUUUUCUAUUCACAUGGAUGAUCAUAUUGACAGAAAAACAUUGGUUGGGAGUUACGUUCAUACUGAGCAACCUCGUGAAUUUAGGUUGCAGCCUGGAUCACUUUCUCAGCUCCAGGGAUGA